AUGCUCAAAGCAUUGUCAAGAGGAGGCAUCAAAGCGGACUACAAGAGACUGAACUGUAUCCGCCUCUAUUUCCAACAGACUCACGUUCAACUUUCGCUCACAAAAAGCCGUCUCACGGUGCUGGAAGCUGCGCAUUUUUUCGAAGGGACCGAGAAGCUGCUGGAGGUUUGGUUCUCCCGUCAGCAACCCGACGCCAACCAGGGAUCUGGGGAUCGUCGCACUAUCCCGAGAUCUGAGUGGGAUAUAAUUUUGAAGGAUGUACAAUGUUCAAUCAUAAGUGUGACAGAAACUGACAAGCAGGAAGCUUAUGUAGUCCGUGAGAGUAGCAUGUUUGUCUCCAAGAGACAUUUCAUUUUGAAGUCAUGCGGUACCACCCUCUUACUGAAAGCACUGGUUCCCCUGUUGAAGCUUGCUAGGGAUUACAGUAGGUUUGAUUCGAUUCAAAGCUUCUUUUAUUCUCGUAAGAAUUUCAUGAAGCCUUCUCACCAAGGGUGCCCACACCGGAAUUUCCAGGAAGAAAUAGAGUUUCUUAAUGCAAUUUUCCCAAAUGGAGCAGCAUAUUGUAUGCGACCUAUGAAUUCUGACUGUUGGUACUUGUGUACUCUGGAUUUCCCAGAGAGUCGAGUAAUCAGCCAAGCAGAUCAGACCCUGGAAAUUCUGAUGAGUGAGCUUGACCCAGGAGUUACGGACCACUUCUACAUGAAAGAUGGUGUUACUGCAAAGGAUGUCACUCGUGAGAGUGGAACUCGUGACCUGAUACCAGGUUCUGUCAUUGAUGCCACACUGUUCAAUCCUUGUGGGUAUUCAAUGAACGGAAUGAAAUUGGAUGGAACUUAUUGGACUAUUCACAUCACUCCAGAACCAGAGUUUUCUUAUGUUAGCUUUGAAACAAACUUAAGUCAGACCUCCUAUGAUGACCUGACCAGGAAAGUUGUGAAAGUCUUCAAGCCAGGAAAAUUUGUGACAACCUUGUUUGUCAAUCAGAGUUCUAAAUGUCGCACAGUGCUUUCUUCACCCCAGAUUGAAGGUUUUAAACGUCUUGAUUGUCAGAAUGCUAUGUUCAAUGAUUACAACUUUGUGUUUACCAGUUUUGCUAAGAAGCAGCAACAGCAGCUGAGUUCACCCACAGGUUAUGCAGGCUGUGCCUUUUUCUGGGGUCUUUCUUCAAGACCUUCCAGGAAUGGAGACACUUCACCAUCAGCAUAG